AUGCUUAAUAUUCUUCCCUAUCGUGUUGGUAUGAAUUUAAACAAAGAUAUAUUUUUCAUACAAGAACCUCAAGGUUGUGAACAACGUCAUUUCAUAUCAACAAACGGUGAAGAAAAAUUUAUUGAUACGGCUCCAAUAACUUGUUAUACAGCUCGAAAAAUUAUUUGUGAAGGAGGAAUAUAUAAUGAAACAAUAGAUGGAUAUGUUUUUGAAAAACGUACAAAUGGAAAAUAUUAUCGUACAACAUUAAUCUUAUCUUUAUUUUUAGGCAUUUUUGAUAGUGAUCGUAUUUAUUUGGGAUAUUAUGUUAGUGAUUUAUUAAAAUUAUUUACUUGUGCUUUUAUGCUUGUCGGUACUCUAGUCGAUUUUUUCUAA